AUGGGCAAGAAGGGCAAUCGCGGCGGCCCACCUAGGGGAGGUCGUGGGGGCGGCGGCGGCGGUGGUCGUGGCAGAGGUCGCGGACGAGGAGGCGCGCACGGCGGCUUCCAGCCAUUUGGCGGCCAAGGACACAUUCUCAGCGGCGCGUCCGCCUCAGACUCAAAAUCCCCCCGCGGUGGCUUUGCAAAUGGCAGGCCAUAUCGUGGUCGCGGUCGCGGAGGUCACCUCUCCGUGUCAGGACAGAAUCGUGUCGGCUUCGACUACUCUGGCAUGUCACGCGGUCGUCGCCACUCCUAUGACGAUGCAGACGACGACGACGAUGACGAUGAUGAGGAGGAUGAGGAUGCGGAUGACGCUGCCGACUUUUCAAUAGAGCCGCCUAAAGGAUACAAGCACAAGAUCAAGCCACAUCUCGAGUCAGACCUUCAUUCGGAUCUGGAAGACGAUAAACCCACUUUGGAAACAUCGCAACAGCAGAACAUCCCAUCUGGCUCUGCAACGCCUCAGCGCGCACUUCCACCUCCUACAGUAUCAGCAAGCAUCCCGAGGCCACGCUUCACUCCGCGAUCCAACGUGCCCACCACAUUCCCCGAAUUCCACACCAGCAGAGGCACUGGUGGCGGCAAGUUCCGCCCACCAGAGGAAACCGAAGACUCUCGAUACCUCGCCGGUAUUCCAGGUCUCCGCAGACAAGAGCGAAGAUCGCGCAAUACGCCUCGCUUUGGCGAUCCGGCCGAUCAGACUCAGAGCUCCUUCCGCGUCCCUGUCACAUUUGUCAAGGCUACUGGCGAGUUUGGCGAUCCGCUCAAGGGCAAUCUGCCUCCGAAGGAUGCCGACGAGGCGAUAGUCGAUCCAGCUGCUCCUGCGGCCCAGGUGACCGACGCACAGCGCCAACAAUCCGGAGAUCCCUCAGCCCCACGUCACGCAGGUCUUGGCUUCUCGAAUCGCUCCAACGCAAAGCCGUCCGUCCCCGGCUCGGAGAGUCACGCAGAGGCUUCCAAAUCGCGAGUCGCAGCUACGCCUUAUGAGCCGCCUCGAGCAGUACCUGCAUUCCCAGACACUUCGAUGCACGGCUUCGAUUUUGACCAACACGACGCCGCCCACGGAGACGACGACGAAGUGAAUGCCUUGCUCGCUGCUUUCCCUGGCUCCAAACAGUUGGCUGAAGGCGAGUCGAUGCUCGAGGAUGACGAUUCCGCGGCCUGGACGCUGCCAGCUUUCCAGCCAGAGGCAGGUAGUACACCGAAAGCGACGGAGCAAGAAUAUACUUCCGCCGUUGUUGCUGAUGCGCAGACAGCAUCGCCUCCCGCAGCGGUGGUCGAACAUUCUCCAGUCCCUGCGAAAUACUCGUCUCGUGUCUCGACGGUUUCUUCGUCCGACGACGAAGAGGAGAUCAUCCUCGUACCCUCGCAAUCGCGAGCUUUGCCUACAGUGGGCACUGAGCCUAUCUCAGCUACCAAGCCUCUCGAAGAAGCAACAACCGAGAUGGCCGCACCGGCCGACACCGUCGCCGAGGCCGUCGAGACAGAAGAGACGGAGCUCGGCUUCGUCAUUGACCUGGAAGGCGAAGAUCCAGCCGCGGUCGCCGAGAAUGCGCAGAUCAGCUCCACCACUUCGACUUCACACCGCAUGGCUCUUGGUGACGCUGUGCCGGCCCGCUCCAGAACCACUGCCAGAACAAAAGCCUCCAAGCGAGGGAAGCCGCGACGCAUUCCGCGGGAGGGCGAUUCAGACCUCGACUGGGGAAGCGAUGGCCCGCCUGGUGGCUCCGACGACGACAAGCACAUGGCUCACGAAGACGACAACCUCGCAGCUGCUGCCGCUGGCAUCUCGAUCACGCGCACCAACAAGGACGCUGAGGUCAUCACCGACCCCAUUCUGGCCAAGGCAAUCCGUGCAGACCGUCACGAAUGGGAGUCUGAAGACGAGGAUGACAACGACAUCAUCAUGGACGUCGCCAAGUCCAGCAAGCGUCGCGGAGGACAGCGCGCCAAGCGCUCGCUCGCCAACCGCGCAGCCGCUUCGCGCAGCGCUGCUCAGCUUUCACGCAGUCGCAAGGCGGAUCAGGAUGCCAUCGUUGCAGAUUACAUGCAAAAUAUCCUCAACCAGGCCGACAACACAUCCGACGACGAUCGUGACGCAGACGAGGAUGAGCUUUUUGCUACAAACGACAUGGUCGUCGAGACCGUCAAUGGUGAUCAACCGUCAGAUGGAGCAGGCAAGGGCAAAGCCAAGGCUCGCCGCUUGUCGAACAAGCUCGACGACAAGACGGACUUGGACGCCAUGAUCCGCUUCAUGAACGGAAUGGAUCCGCAAAAGGGCGGUCGUCAGCUCGGCUUUGGCGAUAUCGAGGACGAGAUUCACAUGGACGAAGUCAAGGAAUGGCUCACCGAGAGCGAGGCUGACAGUGACGAUGAAAAUGAUGAUGACGACGGUGCCGAUCAAAGUCGCGCCAUUGUGGUCGACGUCGACGUUGAUGCCUUUAACACAGACCGUCGCCAAGACGCCGGCGUUGAGGACGAGGAGGAUGAGGAGCUUGCUGACCAGUUACGCAUCAUCCUCGAGGAUGACGAUGAUGAAGAAAGCAGCGAGAUCUUCAGCGAAAGUUCGGACUCCGAAGAGGACGACGACGAUGAUGAUGAUGAUGAUGACGACGACGACGACGACGAUAGCGACGAUGAUGAAGAUGAAGGUAUGUUCCGCGGCAAGAACACGUGGGCCGAUGAGGAUGAAGACUUCAUCCGCGCACUCUCAUCGCAAGUCGGCGGCGCUGGCCUCGGAAGCAACUCCAAGUCCGCGCCCUCGUCUAAACGCCAACAGAAGAAGCUCUUCCACGCUAUCUCGCGUGGCGACUUUUCCGACCUUAUGGACUUGGCAUCCGCGGAGAACGAGAUCGACUCGGACGAUGCUGCCUAUGGCAUGGGUUCCAUCCCCACGGCCCGCAACGGCAAGCGCAAGGGCCGCAAGUUCUCCGCGUCGGAUCUGUGGGCCGAAGAGCUGCAACAGCAGUGGGACAAGGAUCGUGCCAGCAAAGCGACCAAGAAGCAGCAGCGUCUCAUGGAGCGACAGGCUGCUGCGCUCAACCCAUUCCCCAACACGCACGGCAAGGCGGACAGCGGCAGGACCAAGUCCACCAAGAAGCAGGCCAAGCUGGCGCGCAAAGCCGAGAAACGCGAGAUGCGUGCGAGCCUCAAAGCGCAUUCGAACAACGUCGUGUCGGCGAUCAACGCUGCCGGAUCGAUCGAUGCGGUCGACUCUUCUCUGCUCACGUUUGGCGGGAACAGCGUUUCUGGCGACAUCAUGUCGUUGGGACUGGACAAGAGGUUUGCGUUCAACAUGGACGAGCUCAACCAGCAAAUCCAGCAUUUCCUCAACGAAAGAGGUCGCAACACGAUGCGUUGUCAGCCGAUGGACAAGUUUGCCCGUGCCGAGGUGCACGCUCUUGCUGCGGCGUACAACCUGCAGUCCAAAUCCAAGGGGAAAGGGCGCGAUCGAUUCCCUACGCUGAUCAAGACGAGCAAGAGCGGCCUCAACGUCGACUAUCGCAAGGUCAAACGCAUCGUCUACUCGAAUGCCGGUGCUACGUUUGGCAACGAUGCGGGUCGGAGCGAGUUCAAGGACAAGUCGCGGAAGAAGGGCAAAGGCGGCGGUGCAGCGGGAGGCAUGUACGGUGUCGGCGGAGGCACUGUGCCCAAGAACCGGGAAGGAGAAGAGGUCGGAUUCGGUGCUGACAGGAUCGGAGCGGACAACAUCGGUCACAAGCUGCUCGCUGCCAUGGGUUGGACAGAAGGCAGCGGUAUCGGAAGCUCGCAAGGCAUGGCCAAUCCUGUUGCGGCCACGGUCAAGACUUCGCGCGGCGGUCUUGGAUUCUGA